AAAAGUCUCAACGAUAGCUUUCCGAUUCUACCUUUUUUCCGUUAAUUCCCAUCCCAUCACUAUAUUAUCGCGAGAGGCAGUCCGCAACAGAACCUGCCCAUGUCGUGCUCACUACUUUAAAAUCCCAAUUAUACCCCUCUUUGUCCUUUUUGCUUAUGGUAAUAUCAAAACGCCCAAUUUCCAACUUAUUUUCUGAUUAUAUUUGCACCUUCAAUUUCCAAAUUUUCAGUUAAGCUCACUUCUCUGCUUUAUUUUUCCCCAAAGUCUCACCCAAAAACCAAAAAAAUUUCCAAUCUAAUCAGCAAUCUUAAGAACCCUAACGUUUCCACAUUAAACUUUCUAAAAAUCGGCUGCCUAAACCUUAGAACUUUCCCUUUCUCCUUUUAUCUUUCACUUGUAUUAUACCAUCCAAAAAAAAAAUUAAAGAAACCCCAAAAUCCCCAAAUAAUUCUCAAUUCUUCAUGGAUUCAACCCCUGAUUUUCCUUUUGAUUUCUCCUUUUCUGUCUUUUCCAUAUUACAGUAUCUAUCUCCACAAUUCCCAUAAAUAAGAAGUUUCUAUAAUUUAUUUGUUUUUAGAAAGCCUAAGUUUUUUGUUAUUUAUUUUUUGAUGGAGUCGUAUCCAGUCGUUUUCGAUAUAAGCUCCGACGACGAUGAGGCGGCGUUGGCUUGGGAGGAGCCCAAAGGGGACGACUACGAUUGGUUAUCGGAAGUUUUGCAAGCCGUUGAUAAGGGAUUCGACGAUCCUGAUGAGGUGGUGGUGGUGGGGGAGGUCAACCCUAUUAGGAAGUCAAAGUCAUCGAACUCAUCGAUCAGGAAGGUUGUUGAUGAGGAUGAUGAUGAUUGUGUCGUUUUGGAAUGUGACCCGGAUAAGGCGUUGUCGGAUGUUAAUGAUCCCCGAGAGGAUUCCGAUGAGUUGCUUAUUGUCGGCCAAAAGGGGCAGUGCCAUUGCUUUGUUUGCGACACGCGAGCACCAUGUCGUUUUUGGGGCUCAGAUAGCUGUAAUACUGAUCAUUGUCAUGCCACUGAUAAAGAGCAGAUGUGGAAGGCUCUGCGGAAGAACUUCAGGCUUGUAGGAAAUGUUCCAAUAGAAGUUGCGAAUGCUCCUGUCACUUCUCACUCUACUGCACUGCCCCAACUUAACCAAGAUCCAAGUUGUGACAUUAUUUGGUCCACAAUGCAAAAUCAAGUUUCUGGGCUAACUCCAACUCGAGCUGCUCGGAACUGCAUACCUCAAAAUCAUGUCCCAAAGCCAUCCAUUAUUCGGGCUUGUUCUUCCUCCUCCAGAUAUGGGAAUCCAUAUAACCCAAGUCUGGGUAGCCGACCUGUUUUAAAUAAAAGCAUAAUGCAGCCACGUUCAGUUUCACAGCAGUUGCUAGGCGUGCAUAAUACUGUAAUUCGAAGAGAUCGAGGCAUUAAGAUUAGUAACUUGGGUUCCCAAUUUGUCUCUUCCAACACAAUGUCCAAAAGACUUGAGAUUCAAGUUACCUCAGCAAUGAACCACGCUGCAUACAUGCCAUCAGAAAAUAUUACUUUUGUUCAUGCAUCCCAGAAUCAACAAAAUCCUGCUCCAGUUGCAAUAUCAAAUGAAAGGAAUUCAAAUCCCAUUGGCUGGCCAAAUAUUUGUUCUGGCACAAAUUUAGGGACAUAUACACAUCAGAGCUCCUCACAGCCUAGCAUGGACAGCGUCAUUACAAACUCAGCACCCACCCAAUCCUCAGCAUACAAUCAGCCUGUUCCUCAGUCAAACGUACAUCAAGCUGCCAAUCACCUUCAGUUUCAAAAUCAGCCUGCAACAGAUUAUGGUUUUUCAGAUUAUGACUUUAAUUUGGUCAACAUUGGUCAAAACAAUCAACAAUCUUUUGUCGAUUAUUUACAGCUUCAAACCGCAGGGUCCACAAAUGAGAAAGAACAAUUGAAGGAGGUAAAUGAUGGAGAUAAAUCAUAUUACAAUGAUCUUGAGAGCUUCCUUUUUGAUGACCAGUCCGUUCCUGAAGGUUCAUUUACUGCAGAGCUUAAUCCAAUGUUUGCCUGGUGAUGUAUCUUUUGAUACUGUUAUGUUUUUCUUUGAUAUUGACACCUCUUGGGAUCGUCUAACUCGUGCAUAGCUGAUCAGCAUUGCCUGUGCAUUCUAAACAGGUAAAUCCGGUCCUUGUGCCAUGAACCUUGAAAGAGAAGUGAGAGAUAGGUUGCUAGGUUGUAGGAUUUUGGUUUUGAAAUUGUAUUAUAGAAGCUUCGAUGGUGUACAAUUGUAUAAAAAGAGACGGGCUGAAUGAUGUUGUACAGAAGCUGCUUGUUGCCCAACUUUCAAUAAUUAUGAAUCCAAAAGCACCAGAUUAUUGCAAAUGAUUCUUAUUAGCAAAUUUCCUUUAUGAGAAUGUCAGGGUUUCAAAGUUUUCCAUGCUUUCCUGAUGUUUUUUUUUCCUACACGAGGCACUUACAGCUCUAUCGCCAUUCAACUCAGGUUUGUCAUUUGCGGGGUGGAGACCAGUUCAAAAUCAAAGUAUAUUACAUGCAAAUUACAUCUUAAUAUGAUGUUUAAGUGGUAAAUACAUAAUUAACAAAU